UUGUUUGUUUUGUUUUCUUUUUUUGAUUGUGGUAUUUGAAAUAUAAAUACUCUGACGUUGUUUAAUAUUCUUGAUUCAACUUAUUCAAGGGCAAGUUCCGAUAUAUAAUCAAAAUAAAUGAUGAGUUAUUGUUUAUAACAAACAAACAACGUAUGUACCUUACCGGCUUUUUUAAUUCGCGUGCAAUAGCAUAGAAGUUGACUCAAACUGAUGUUAUAUAUUUGAAAAAUACUUACCUCAAGAAUUUGCAACUACAACUCAAGAACUCGUUAAAAUUUAAUCAUUGUUUAGCCAUUUCAAACCAAAACAACAAUGCAAGUGGAACACAGGAUUGUACAUUUGGACUUGAAGGGUGCUCCUUGGAAGAUUCCUUAUUUAGAAAAGGUAUUACUGAAAGCCAAAUCAUGGGGCGCUACCGGAGCCCUGUUCGAAUGGGAAGACACAUUUCCGUAUAAUGGAGAGCUUGUGGCAUUAGGAAGUAUCAUGGGAUGCGGGGGAGACGGCAUGUACACAAUAGACGAAGUUAAUUAUAUCAUGAGAUUUUGUAAAGAAAAUAGCUUGGAAGUUAUCCAAUUAAUCCAAACCAUGGGUCACAUGGAGUUUGUACUGAAGCACCCAGCAUAUGCACCUCUCCGGGAACUCCCAGAGUCUCCCACCUCGCUCUGUCCGUCCAAACCGGAGUCCCAGGUUCUAGUCCGAGCCAUGCUCGAACAAGUGCUGGAUGCUCAGCCUGAUGCGGCUUAUUUACAUAUUGGAGCUGAUGAGGUAUGGUACACAGGUGUAUGUUCAGAUUGUAAAAAGAAACUAGAAGGGAAUGCACACGGAACAGUAUCACUUUACCUGGAACACAUACAAAAUUUAGCUCUAUUCCUGAAAGAAAAGAGACCAAAUUUGACUAUCUUGAUGUGGGAUGAUAUGUUAAGGCCCAUGAGUUUGGAUACAUUGAAAUCGUACAAACUAGGCGAGUUGGUGCAACCAGUGGUGUGGGAUUACAAUGUGGUGCACCAUUUCAACAUACCACCAGAUUUGUGGACCAAAUACUCGGAGAUGUUCCCGAAGGUGUGGGCCGCUUCGGCGUUUAAGGGCGCCAAUGGAAUUAAUAAGGUGAUAUCGCCUGCCAGUAGAUACGUGAGCAACCACGUGGCUUGGGUGAAUGAAUUUGAAAAAUAUCCGAAUAUCAAUUUCGCUGGAAUCAUAUUGACUGGCUGGUCGAGGUACGAACAUUUCAGCCCACUCUGUGAGAUAUUGCCUGUUUCUAUGCCGAGUUUGGCGAGCUGUUUGAGUACUGUGGCCCAAGUUGACGGCCGACCAUUAGAAACGUCAGUGUGUGAAGAUUUGCCGGCCGAGGAAUGGCCCGGCAGCCAUCUUGCUAAAUGCAUCAGAUACGCUAUCUCAUUGACUGAGGAUUGUCAGAAAUUUGUUGCUGGGUCAAUUUUUUGAGGCAUAUUCAAAUGUUGGCAACACUAGCA